AAGUGCAGAAUAGUAUACAUCAUAAAAUCUACGUAAAAUUAAUAGAAUGAAAUAGUACACAUGCAUGUGUUAACACAGAUGUGUUCCAGCUGUGUAUGUGCCAGUAACCAUGUGGAGCCUUUUCAUUGUAUAACCGUCCCGACUGUUGGCAAGGCCACCCCUGCAUACUCCUGCUGGAAUGCCACACAUGCCCAGUCCUGACCAGUCUAUAACCAGGCCAUUUCUCAGGGCUGUAUCUGCAGUCACUCUGAGGGAUGAAGCAAUGUCUCCCUUCAGGACAAAAAGCAGGCUCACUGACCGCCUGCUCGAAAAGAGGAAAAUUCCCCAAGCUUAGUGCUCUUCAGGUGUGGGGCCAGCCGGUGGGUGACACCCCUGUGGGACUUGGGGGCAAGGGGAGCUGAUGUAGACAUAGUGCCCAAGCUGCUGGCUAUGACAUGACUAAUGGAUUCCUAGUCUCUGACCCAGGAGUCUCAUGUCUUUGUGUCACAUUCACUUCUUAGCUUGUGAGUGGGGUACGAUCCCAGGCCCUGACAUGGACCUGUUUCCUUCAUUUCUCAGGAACAUGUAUGAUUACUUUUAAAAUAUAAAAAUCAGUUUGGAUUAUUUUAAAUGAAAGGCAAAACAACAAAACCACACACACUAAAACUCAAAGCUUACAAAUUAGAGGAAAGUCCGAAAACAAAGAAGAAUAUAAAGAACCCUCCACUCAUUCCUACCCUGAGAAACUUGGUUAAUCCUUCAGUAGGCACCUUUCCAGACUGUUGUCCCUACAGAUGUCCACAUCUUUAUUAGCCUUCUAAAAAAAUUAGAUCAUAGUGUGCAGUGCUUAGCAACCACCUUGAUGUUAAGCACUCCACAACUAGGGCCAUGGUGGUGACCCCCCCAGCUUCUUGAGAAAGCCUCAAAAGCUCACCAGGGAUUGCUUGCAGCUUGCAAAGGUUUUCAUAGCCCCCAGGAGAGUCAGAGGCUUCCUCUUGCCCUAGUAUUCCAGGGAGCUCUUGGGACAAGAAAUUGUGCACCCUGGGUCCUGGCGUAACAGCUUGGGGAUCACAAAUACAAAGGAAACCAUCCUCCCCUAUUUCCUCCCUUGCACCCCCUAGUUCUCAAGAGCACAUUCCCAUCCCCUCGGUUCUGACCCCCUUUCCUAUCCCAGCAUCACCUCUUGCCGUCCCAUGUCCCAGCUAAGAUCCAGGAAUCCCCAUUCCAGACUCCCUGCCCCCACACUCCCAAUUGCCUCAGCUGAGGUCCCAGGGUCCCAGCUGAGACCCCAGAGCCCCUGGCACCAUCUCAGACCCCAGAAAGAGUGAUGGCGCACUCUCAUCACAGCAGCUGCAGGAUGCUGGGGUGGGUGUGGGUGGAGCCAGGGCCACUUCCUUUCCCCUUGGGGCCUCAUCUACCCAGUCCUGCCCCAGCUUCAGGAAGAGUUGGAGCUGCCUACCCCAGCCCUGUGCCCUUAUCAAGUGAGCAGGUCCCGACUCCUGCUCAUGCCUGUUGUCAUGAAAAUAACCCUGCUUCUCCUCCUCUUUGGGGGUGUCUGGUCCGAAGGGGUAGCUUUAACUACCCCUGAGGCCCCAAACCUUAGCUCAGCGACCUCCAUCCAUAAAGCAACAAGUGUUCCUGAGAAAAACGGCCACACCGGGCAUCAGACUGGCACAAUUCACUAUGCAAUCAGUGAGGUGUCCAGUCCUAAGACUUUUACUAUCAGCAGUGGCCCCCCUGUAUCUAAGCCAACAAUCUCCCAGGAAGUCUCCACCAAGGAAUCAACAACGGUCCUGGAAACCUCUACUGAAACCAGUAACCCUACUGUUUCAGCAAUGCGCAGACCAGGGCCCCCGGAUAUGACUGGUGGAACCAUGGCAGCUAGCCAUCUGGACACCUUCAAUGGGACCAGUGGACCCCCUGUCACUAUGACAAAUAGAUCUCUGGAGGCAUCCAAUGGGACCUUCAAUGGGACCAGUGGACCCCCUGUCACUAUGACAAAUGGAUCUCUGGAGGCCUCCAGCUGGAUCAAUGGGACCAUUGGACCCUCUGACAUCAUGACAAGUAGUUCUCUGGAGACCUCUGAUGGGACCAGUGGGCCCCCUAUCACCACUUUGGCAGCUAGCUCUCCGAUGACCCCCAAAGGGACCAGUGGGUCCCCCAUCUCCAGGGUAAAAAUAUCCACCAUAUCUACCCCAGAGCCGUCCACAAAAACAGGCAGUAGGCCCUCCCCAAGUUCAGAUCAGGGGACAAAUAACACCCUGCUGGUAGCUGUGUUUGUGGCCGUGCUGGUGGUCAUUGUCCUCCUGGCACUGCUCCUGCUGUGGCGCCAGCGGCAGAAGCGGAGGACUGGGGCCCUGACCUUAAGCGGAGGCGGAAAGAGCAACGGGGUGGUAGAUGCCUGGGUGGGGCCGGCCCGGGUGUCUGAUGAGGAGGCUGUGAUAACAACGGCCGGAGUGUCCGGUGGUGGCGACAAGGGCUCUGGAGUACCCGACGGGGAGGGGUCUGGCCGGCGGCCCACACUUACUACUUUCUUUGGUCGUCGGAAGUCACACCAGGGUUCCUUGGCCCUGGAGGAGCUCAAGGCUGGGUCAGCUGUCAGCAUAAAAGGGGAAGAAGUGCCCCUGGUGGGCAGUGAGGAUGGGGCUUUGGAGGCCCCCUCUUCCGAUGAGCCAGAAGUGGGAAACGUGGAGGUCCUUUAGAGCCGGGGAGCACCAAGACUGGCGG